AUGGCGCAUCGUGUAUGCAUUUGCAUAUAUCAUGAAAACGUGAAUUUACUUUUAAAUAGUUUAUCUAAACAUGUCAAUGGAUCAUUUUGUUCAAAUUUAUAUUCAUUUACAUCGGCUCUUGUUUGUGAUGAGUCAAAUUAUGAUUGUAUGCCAUCUAAUUAUUUUACUUGUGAAAAUUAUUUCGAUUUAAAUAUUAAAAAUAAUAUUAUUGAUAGACAUGUUCAAAUAAAAUGGUACCAAUGGAAGCAUAUUAAUGGUUAUGCCACAAAAGAAGAGCAACAAGGAUCAGUUGAACAAGGUAUUGAAUUAUUAUCUUCUAAAGUGAAGACAUUUCUAUUACAUGUUUACAUUAAACGUCAACAAAGUAAAUUUUUCGAAGAAUCAAAGACCAAUACCGAUAAUAAAAAAAUUGUUAUUCAAGUUGAUUAUAGUGAAAAUUUUGAAAUAAAACAGCAAGAUGAAGUUCAAUCUGCUCAUUGGAGUUCCAAGUCGGUCUCUAUCUUUACAGCUCAUGCUUGCCACGCCAAAGGCGUGGUUGAUGGCAUUGGUGGCAGUGUUAAAAGAAUUGUUUGGCAACAAAUAUUAACCAAAAAAGAUAAAUGUGAAAAUGCAGCUGAUUUUAUUAAUAUUGCAAAAACAAAAACUAAGGCUAUUAUUAUUGAUGAAAUAACACAAGAAGAUAUUGAUAAAUCAAAAGCUCAAUUACAAGCAUUUUUUUCGAAUACACUUUCUGUCAAAUUUUCAAACUAA